AUGAUGGCUGCCAACUGUCUGCCGAGUGAGGACCAGCUGCUGUGCAGCAUCUGCCUGGAGGUGUUCACAGAUCCAGUCACGUUACCAUGUGGACACAACUUCUGCAAAAGCUGCAUCACGCAGCACUUGAGAUUUAAUUCGCAGCGCCAGUGUCCCAUGUGUAAAGAACAAGUUAAUAGAAAAUGUAAGCUGAAGGUGAAUACCUUCAUAUCUGAGAUGGCUGCUCAGUUCAGACAGUCAGCUGAAAGGAAAUCAGGGGACAGCUCAGAGCAACAAGUUGAGACACCUGCAGAAGCUUCCUCUGACGUUCCUAUUGGAACCAAACGCACUAGGCUGAAGUCCUGCCUGUGGUUAGGCCUGGCAUGUCUGACCGUCGGCUUAGCAAUUAACUACCAGCUUCAUCAAACAAUAUCCAGCCUGAAAAUCCAUCAGCUGUUUGGCGCUGAUGCAAGUCACAAAUUUCACCACAUUGUUCCUCUGAAAGAAGAAUACGAAGUGAAAAAGACAGAGCUUUUGAAAACAGAGGCUGCAAUUUUGUAUAAGAUCGUGGAGAGGCAACUGAAGCUUCAGGAGAUCAGACAAUGGGCGAAGCUCAGCAAGGAAGCUACAGACAGAGAGAGGGCUGAUGGUGUUCAGGUCUUCAACACUUUGAUCCAGUCUUUGGAAAGAGCUCAGGCCGAGCUCAUCGGGAUGACUGAAGCCAAGCAGAAAACCACAAAUAAACAGGCCAAAGAUUUCAUCCAAGGGCUGGAGCAGGAAAUCUCUGAGCUGAUCAGGAGACGCGAUGAGGUGAAGCAGCUCUCACGCUCAGAGGACCACCUCCACUUCCUCCAGAGCUUCCCAUCUGUGACUGCAGCUCCACUCGCCAACAAGUUGCCAGAGUUCAGUGUCUGUCCAGCAUCGUAUGGACGAAUCCUGAGGACAACUCUGGUGACUGCGGUGGAUCAGCUGACGAAGUCAGCCAGAAAUAAGAUGGAGAAGCUGGAUGAAGCUGAUCUGAAGAGCAUUCAGCAGACAGCAGUAGAUGUGACUCUGGAUCCUGACACUGCACAUCCUACUCUGAUUCUGUCUGAUGAUGGGAAACAAGUUCACUAUGGUGGUGAGACCGAGGAUGAAAUCCCAGACAACUUUGUCCUGGGAAAGCAGGGUUUCUCUUGUGAAAGAUUUUCCUACGAUGUUCAAGUUAAAGGGAAGACGGUGUGGGUUUUAGGAGUGGUCAAGGAGUCUGUCAGGAAUGAAGAACUUUACCAAAACUCUGAGAACGACUACUGGGCUAUACUUCAGUUUCAAAAAGACUUCUUUGCACUCACUGGCAAGGCUGUUUCUUUCUCUGUCAGUGAUCCGCCUGAGAAGGUCAGAGUGUUUGUGGAUUAUGAGGAGGGUCUGGUCUCCUUUUAUAACGCAGAUUCUGCAGCUCUUCUCUACUCCUUCACUGGCUGCUCCUUCACCGAGAAACUCUACCCAGUCUUCAGUCCUGGUUUUAGUGACUCCGCCCCUCUGAUUAUCUCCCCAGUCAACCAGUAAAGAUGAAACUAAUCAUUGCUUUUGCAACAAUCUGCUAUUUUAUACACAUUUGUUUUUUGCUCCCAUUUUUCGCAGGAUUAAGUUAAACAUAGAAAUAUUUCUCUGAAAUUUUGGUCACAAAUUUGUUAGAAUCUGUGUCAGUGAGCACUUCUCCAUCCACCUGACAGGCGUGUCUGAUUAAACAGCAUCAUUCCUACACAGGCGUGUAUUGGGACGGUCACAGUAAAAUGUGAUGUUUGAUCACACAGUGACACAAAUGGAGCGUGUUGUUAACAUGCUGACCGCCGGUAUGUCCAUCAGAGCUGCUGACUGUAAACUUAAUUAACUUAAUGUUCAAUUUGUGUUGAAAUUCUUCAGUUGUGCAGACAAAUUGCCAGCUGACCAGAUUUGUUGGCUUUUGAUAAUCUGGCCAGGGAAGAUGUUGGAUGUGGAGGUCCUGAGCUGGUGUGGCUACAUGUGGUCUGUAGUUGUGAGGCUGGUUGGAUGUACUGCAGAAUCCACAGAAACAACAUUAGGGAUGGCUUAUGUUUGGUUUGAGGGAGUGUGCCAAUGUGACGUCUGUGUCGUGUUGUGAUCAAACAUCAACUUUUCAGGUGUUCUUUCAUUGUGACCAUCCCAAAACACACCUGUCAGGUGGAUGGAUUAUUUUGGGAAAGGAGAAGUGACACUUAAGAAGGUUUAAGCAAAUUUGCGACCAAAGUUUAAGAGAAAUAUAUCAAUAAAAACAGUUUUACAUCUUUAAGUUAAACCUGUGAAAAAUGGGAGCAAAACAAACGUGUUUAGAUUUUUGUUUAGUGUACUCACAGCUGCAACAAAUUAAUUGUUAGUUGGUUUUAUUAGUGUCCUAAGUGUUAUAUUGUAGGCAACUGGACUUGCUUGAGUUUCUAAAAGACGUUUCACCUCCCAUCCAAGAGGCUGAUGAUGAAUGAUUUAACUGUCUGCACAUCAGAGGUGGGUAGUAACUAGUUACAUUUACUCAGUUACAUUUACUUGAGUAACUUUUUGGAUAAAUUGUACUUUUCAGAGUAGAUUUAAUGCAAAAUACUUUUUACUUUUACUUGAGUUAUAUUGUUUUAAAGCAACAAUACUCUUACUUGAUUUAUGUUAUGUUUGUAAAGAUUUAAUUUAUUUUUGUUUUAGUUAA